UAAACACGAUCAAUCAUCAAUAAUGGUAGUAAUUUAUAAAAAAAACAAAGAGAGAGAAACAAAUUAUCCAUAAUUCAAAUCAAAUCCAAUGUUUCAGUUGUUGAUUGAUUGAUUUUAUAUGUUCAUAGCCAAAAUUAGAUACCAUGAAAGGCGUCUCCUCGGCGCCUGGUGAUUAUAUUUACUUCAAGUCUCAAGUUCCUCUUCACAAGAUCCCUAUUGGAACAAAACAGUGGCGAUAUUAUGAUUUUGGUCCGAAGGUAGUUCCACCACUUAUUUGCCUUCCUGGAAUAGCAGGCACAGCAGAUGUCUAUUAUAAACAGAUUAUGUCACUCUCCAUGAAGGGUUAUCGGGUGAUUUCUGUUGAUAUUCCACGUGCAUGGAAUCAUCACGAGUGGAUCCAAGCAUUUGAGAAAUUUUUGGAUGUCAUUGAUGUUCAUCAUAUUCAUCUGUAUGGCACAUCUCUUGGAGGCUUCUUAGCACAACUUUUUGCACAGCAUCGUCCAAGACGAGUGAGAUCCUUGAUACUCUCAAACACAUUCUUGGAUACACGCAGCUUUGCAGCUGCAAUGCCAUGGGCUCCUGUUGUUGGUUGGACCCCUUCGUUUUUGCUAAAGAGAUACGUCUUAACUGGAAUUCGUGAUGGUCCUCAUGAACCAUUUAUUGCAGAUUCUGUAGACUUUGUUGUUUCCCAGGUUGAAACUCUAUCAAGAGAAGACUUGGCCUCCAGGUUGACGUUGAAUGUCGAUGCCGCUUCAGUUGGACCUCUUCUUCUUUCAGAUGCACAUGUUACCAUAAUGGAUACGAACGAUUAUUGUGCAAUUCCACAACAUCUUAAAGAUCAACUUAGUGAAAGAUAUCCAGAAGCAAGGCGAGCGUACUUGAAGUCCGGAGGUGAUUUUCCAUUUCUCUCUCGCCCGGAUGAAGUCAACUUGCAUCUUCAGCUACAUCUUCGCCGAGUCGGAGUUGAAAGUCGACCAGAUUUGGUUCGUGGCAUCCCAAAAGAUGGCACCGGCGGAAGUCACAGUGAAAAGGAGGACAAGAAAAAAGAUCCUGAUUAUCAACCCAAAGAUGGCGGAAGCUCUGAAGGUCCAUCCGGCGAAGAUCAGUUACCUCCUGCUUCAGAAAGCUCAGACUCGCAUACUCUAGACGAACCGCUUCACAGUAGUGCAAAGACGUGUCCCAUUAGGCAGGAAGAUGCUGCACUUCUUUGUGAAUCAUUGAAGACACCACACACUGUAACCACUGAAAUCUAUUUGCAGUCAACUUGGGAGACUAUUUCCCUAUGUUUAUUAUCAUCUUAUAUGCAAAAUAUGUACAUUAUGACUAAAUUGUUGCCCGAAACUCGGGCCAUGGGUGUACAAUAGGCACUUGCAGAUUACUGUUCUCUUUGUUGUGCUAAGUUUCCACAGGCAUUGGUUUCAAGUUGAAUCCUUGGUGAUGCUAAAUCCUUUUGGCUAAGGACCAUUUUUUCUAAAAUUGUUGUACAUUUGUAUAUUGAAAAUUUUGCGUUAAUUUUAAGCAGUCGAGUGAAAUUUGUGCAUCA